GCAAGACGAAAAAAAAAAAGAAAAGAAAAAGAAAAGAAAAGAACAAGCAUGAGGGCUUUAGGCUGCAUAGCCUUCGCGGCGGCGAUGAUGCCGGUAGUGGCAAACAUCCCACCUAGCGAGUUCAACUUUCCAAGCGUCAACAACGACACGGUGCUAACUGUUGCCUACAACUUCAAUGGGAACACCACCGUCGUUGAGCCCGGUACCAUGUUUGGCGGGAAUAUCGCCCGAAACCAACCCCAGCUGGCCGUGGACCCGACCAAGUUCCGGUCACUCGCAGACUAUACCGGGCAAUACGUCGUCAUCAUGAUCGACCCAGAUGCGCCGUCCCCAGACAACCCAAUAAGGCGGUCGAUCCUGCACUGGUUGGGGUUGGGCAUGGCGCAGACGCUGGGAGGUGGGAGCGGCAGGAUUUCGGGACAGAGGACGUUGACCAACUCGACACCGGCGACGGUACCCUACGCGGCGCCGGGCCCGCCACCGUCGUCGUCGGCGCAUCGUUACUUCUUCUACAUCUGGCAACAGCCGCCCGGCUUUCAGGUCCCUUCGAGCUUCAACCCAAACAACCGCGCCAACUUUGACAUCGAGAACUUUGUGCGCGAAACAAACCUGGGGGCCCCGGCUGCGGCGAACUACAUAUAUGUCUCACGCCAGGACAGCGUCCCAAUGACUUUCAUUGCCUCCCCCGGAUCCGAGUACCCUGGCGGCAACGGAAACGCCGUAUUUCCCAGGAAAGGGGACGGCAAUGGCAACGGCAACGGUAAUGGCAAUGGUAAUGGAGAGGGAAAUAACGGAAACAACCCUGACGAGGGCGCUGCAUCUCAGGGCAUCCAAAUGUCCUAUGUUGCUGCGUUGAUUUCCCUCAUGGCCACGGGCCUGGCCUACUUGGUUUAAACUGCUCUUAGGCGAGUUUUCUUUUUUGUCCAGGGCCUAUUUUCUGUUAAUAAUACCUCUUUAGCGACAUUCACAGGACCAAUAUUAGUCCAAAUCAAGAAGUUGUUAAUGUCUUGAGUCUAAUUUUUGUAACUUAUUGACG